AUGGGUGAAGAUUGCAGCGAGCUGUUAAAUGGUGACUGUGAGGCGGCGCGGCAGACUAGCGACAUCACCUUUAGCACCGGGAUAAGCCCCACCUCCAACCUGCGCAGGAAGCAGCUGCUGUGGCAGAACGCCGUCAGGAACAUCAUUGACCAGCACAACCUGUACACACUGAGGCUCGCUGGGGGUUUGGAGCGAGGCAAGCACCAUAUCAAAGUCACCGAUGCCUACAUCGCGGACAUCAACAGGCAGAUCCGCAAUAAAGCGUCUCGUGGAGUAUUUUGGCAGAAGCGCCGUUCGUCAGCAGCUCGCAUUCACCCAACAGUCACCACAGCAACACAGAGCAAACACGACCCACUCAGUGAUGCUGACUUCUUUGUGUCGUCUGGGUGGACGGUGCGAGGCGUCUUCAUCCCCACACUGCAGCACAAAUUCAAGUCUGCAGACUUGGAGCAGCUCUACCAGCAGUUCUCCUCGGCUCAGAGAAGAACCUCACUGGUCGUCACUGUUGUCGUUGACAUCCUGACCCGCCUUCUUGUCUCAUUGCUGACAUGGCCACUGGGCUGGUGGGGCAUGGCCUGUGAUUGGCUUACCGGUCUGUCUGUAGUCUUGUGGAUAGGAAUCUGCCUGGUGGUUCUGACCAGAAAGGAAGUCUUGUCAUCACCUCAGUGGCUUAGGUAUCUGUCAGUGGUCAGCUGGCUGUCUCAGACCUUCCAAGUGCUGGUUGGUGUUUUCAGUUGGGCGGAGAGCGAUCACUCUUGGUAUGUCUUCUUCACGCUUUUCUCCACUUACACCCUCCUGCCCCUCCCCCUCCUCUGGUCCAUCAUUGCGGGGGGAACCACCUCCACUCUGCACCUCCUGUUAAACUGUCUGGUUGUACACGUGCAGGUGUUGUCCAAGGCUCUGCUGUCUCUGGCUAUGAACACUGCGGGUCUGUUCAUUCACUACCUGUCUGAUUGGACUCAGAGACAGUCUUUUCUGGAGACCAGGCGCUGUAUCGAAGGACGAGUCAGACUAGAGAGGGAGAACAACAGACAAGAACGCCUGGUGAUGUCAAUCCUACCUCAAUUUCUGGUGCUUGAGAUGAUUGGUGACAUGGCCGUCAUGGAAGAUUAUCUGCUGCCUCAGCAGUUGCACAAGAUCUACAUUCACCAUUACAAGGAUGUCAGCAUCCUGUUUGCAGACAUCAUCGGCUUCACAUCGCUGUCAUUGAUUCUUUCGGCUCAGGAUCUCGUUAAAACCCUCAAUGAACUCUUUGGUCGCUUCGACAGGCUGGCUGAGGACCACCAGUGUUUGCGCAUUAAGAUUCUGGGUGAUUGUUAUUACUGCGUAUCAGGAGUCCCAGAGCCUCAGAGAGGACAUGCCCGCUGCUGUGUGGAGAUGGGCCUCAGUAUGAUCAACACUAUACGUUACGUUCGUCGGGAGCUCCAGCAGGAGGUGGACAUGCGAAUAGGCGUCCACUCUGGCUCCGUUCUUUGUGGUGUUUUGGGUCUUCAGAAGUGGCAGUUUGACAUCUGGAGCUGGGACGUGGACGUCGCCAACAGUUUGGAGGCUGCAGGAGUGCCUGGUCAGGUUCACAUCUCCAAGGCCACUCUGGACUGUCUGGGUGGGAUCUAUGAGACAGAGGCGGGACAUGGCCAGGAUCGUAGCGAGUUUCUACGGAAACACAACAUCGACACAUACCUGGUCCGUCCAGCUUCGAAGGAAGAUGUGGAGCCGCCUAAAGCAAGGCGCCCCAGUUAUGACGAGAUAACAACCUGGAGUGCUGAGCUGCCAUUUGGAGACAUCCUAGGAAAGAAUUUUAUCCUUGCUACUUUUACCAAUGGUUCACUGACCCAGCUGCCCAAUAAUAUAGCAGCUCAGCGCUCAGGAACACGGGAGGUGAACAAGAGGAUUCGCCAGGCCAUGGAGGUGCGCAGCAGUGAGCGAAUGAGGAAGGAGCACAUCACCACCUUUACUCAGGUGUUUAAGGACUCCCAUGUGGAGGGAAAGUAUUCUCAGAUGAGAGACGAACUCUUCAAAUCUAACAUGGUUUGCUCCUUCAUUCUGCUGCUGCUUUUAAUGACAGUCCAGGUGCUAAUCCCAGCCCCAAGAUUGUGUCCAAUGGUCAUUCAGUUUGUGGUCAGUGGCGGCAUUUACUUCCUGCUCUUGCUGCUGACUCUGGGGGAGGAAUUUAAGCAUUGUCCUGCUCCCCUCCAGUCAAUCUGCUGUUGGGUGCAUGAAAACAAGAGUGCCCGCAUGCUGCUCACACUCACUGCCAUCACUGUCAACUUUGGAAUCGCCUCUGCAGACAUUCUGUGGUGUGAUUCAUCAGAAACUGACAUCAGCAACAGGGACUCCCUGCUGGCUCCGCCUCCCUCGGCUUGGACCGAUAUCAACAUUUGCACAUAUCCAGAGUACAUGGUUCUAAGUGGCGUGGUUGCUAUGGUUACCUGUGCCGUGUUCCUCAGACUGAGCUGCGUGUUGCAGCUGGCCGUUCUACUGCUGUUUGCUGCCCUCUACACCUACAUAAUCAAGAAUUACAGGUCUCAUCACUUGUGCAGGAAUGGAGUCUGUGUUGUUCUUAUGCUGAUGUUUGUGGUGGCUGUCCUCUUCAACAGCAGACAGCUGGAGGCGACAGCACGGCUGGACUUUCUCUGGGGCCUUCAGGCAAAGAAGGAGGUGGAGGACAUGAAGGAGCAGCGGGAGCACAAUGAGUGUCUGCUGCUCAAUAUCCUGCCCGCACAUGUUGCCCAGCACUUCUUGGAGAGAGACCGCAAUGAUGAGGAGUUGUACUCACAGUCGUAUGAGCGAGUGGGCGUGCUGUUUGCCUCUCUGCCCGGAUUCUCCGACUUCUACGAGGAAAAGGAGGUCCUUCAUCAGCAUGUUGAGUGUCUCCGCCUCCUUAACCACGUCAUCAGCGACUUUGAUGAGCUGCUGGAUGAAUGCUACUUUCAGCAGGUGGAGAAGAUCAAAACCACUGGCAGCUGCUACAUGGCAGCUUCAGGCCUGUCACCUGACAGGCAGGAUUGUGAGGAUGGCUGGAAUCACCUCAGUGAGUUGGUCCUGUUCGCACUCGCUAUGCAGGAAACUCUCAAACACAUCAACACACAGACAGGAAACAACUUCCAGCUCCGUGUUGGUGUGGCUCACGGUCCGGUGAUAGCAGGUGUGAUUGGAGCCACCAAACCUCAGUACGACAUCUGGGGGAUGACGGUGAACAUGGCGAGCAGGAUGGAGAGCACCGGUGUGAGCGGGCGGAUACAGGUCUCAGAACACACCAGCUCUAUUCUGGUUGAACGAGGCUUUCUGAGGCAGCUCAGAGGGGACGUUUAUCUCAAAGGGAUUAGUGAACGCCACGGAAAGGUUCGAACAUACUUCGUGAGCAGUCGGGAGGAGCGAUCCAGCUUCAUAGAGCGUGGUGGGGGGCGGGGCUUCAGCCUCAAUAGGAACACACUGGGAGCUGUGGUCUACAGUUUGGUUCAAGCCCAGAAAAGGGAGAAAAUGAGGGAGGAGAACGGAGGCUUCCACCUGGUGGAGGCGUCGUGA